GUGAGCUACUGGACUCGGGAUGGCUUCCUGUGUGUGUUAGCAGAUGGAUGAGGUCUCCCGGUACCGAGGAGACGCUGGAAUGCACUGAGCCCGAAAGGGGGCAUAACCUUCAAACCCUGACCACUCAUAGAGAAAACAAAACUAUAUACUGCAACCUUUAACUGCACAAUAGCCCUUUGCUUUCAACCACACGUUACCCAUUAUAACCAUCUUGUUUACCCAAACCCCCAAAACUCUUUAUAAUAUAACCCUAAAUCCCUACAAUACCCUCCAUAAUCUCUAAACCUUACAAUAUGCUUUAAUGAAUUUUCCCUAUUUUAUGAUAUAACCUUGUCAGCUAUUUGCAUUCCCCUUCUUUAGAAGUAUUCUCCCUCCAAAUCACAUUUCAUAUUAUUUAUCUACGUACAUAUACCCCUGGGUAACUUUUUUGUUUUUAUUUGUCAAACUCAACCCCAACACACCUUUCUUAUUAAGCUUUCCAUUCGGGGCUUGGUUGUUUUGUAUUGUAUUCAUUUAUAAAAUCACCACAAAACACAUGCUGAGUUCAAGCAUUAACUAACUCAACAUUUAAGUCAAACAUGUUUGUAACCUGUCACCAAAUGUUACCCAGAUACUUUAUAUUAUCAUAGUCCAUUGCUUUGUAUAACUAUAUUAAAUUGUGUAAAACCUACCUUAGGUCUAUAGUGUCCAAACCAAACUUAUUACAUAGGCAGUGUUGUUUAAUAACACAAAAGCUUUCACAUACCAACUUGCAAUUUUACGCUGCAAUUUACCCCAAACCCUGAGAUGGAACAGAAAUCUAAAGGGAAACUGCUGGUCUCCACUAGUCUCGAUGCCAAGGAUGAACUGGAAGAGAGGUUGGAGAGAUGUAUGGGUCUUGUCAACUCCAUGGUAAAUGGACUGUCCGAACGAGAGGCAAAUGAUGCUCUCAAUGCAUACGUGUGUAAAGGGGCCACUCAACAUGAGGAGGUUUGUCUUGGACUAUUCACACAGAUCCUUUCAGAGCCUGCUCAAGCACAGAAGUGUUACCGGGAUCUGGCACUGGUCAGCAGAGAUGGCAUGAAUAUUGUGUUAAACAAAAUAAACCAGCUACUGAUGGAGAAAUACCUAAAAUUACAGGACACCUGCCGAACACAGCUGGUGUGGCUGGUACGUGAGCUGGUGAAAAGUGGGGUCCUUGGAGCAGACGGGGUGUGUAUGACCUUCAUGAAGCAGAUAGCUGGGGGGGAUAUAUCUGCCAAGAAUAUUUGGCUGUCGGAGAGUGUAUUGGAGAUCCUGAUGGACCAAAGGGAGUGGGUGUUGAAGAGCAGCAUCCUGAUAGCAAUGUCUGUGUAUACUUACCUACGUCUUAUUGUGGAUCACCAUGGAACACCACAGUUACUUACUCUAAGACAGAAAGAAGUGGAUUUCUGCAUGAUGCUUUUGCGAGAGCGGUUCAUGGACUGCUUCAUGAGUCGGGACCUGGUGCGACUCCUACAGAAUGUGGCCAGGAUCCCAGAAUUUGAGGCUUUGUGGCGGGACAUGAUGCAUAAUCCUCAAGCUUUGAACUCCCAGGUUUACAGCCCUGUAAACAUGUAUUGUCAAAACUGCACUAAAAUGAGCUUGACAGAUGGUGUUGGAGAAAGGCAGAGGAAAGAGGAGAAUUUUCAUAUACAUGCCUCAUACCACAGUGUUCUCCACACAAUGUUUCCAGCUGGUAUCUUGCAGCUUUUGCAGUCCCGUACCUCACGUAAGUUCUUGGCAUGCCGACUAACCCCAGAUAUGGAGACGAAGCUUCUUUUUAUGACCUCUCGAGUGCGGUUUGGACAGCAGAAGCGAUAUCAAGAUUGGUUCCAGAGGCAGUACCUCUCCACACCAGAUAGUCAGUCAUUGCGCUGUGACCUGAUACGUUAUAUCUGUGGAGUGGUACACCCUUCAAAUGAAGUGCUAAGCUCAGAUAUCCUGCCUCGCUGGGCCAUCAUCGGCUGGCUGCUUACCACUUGCACAUCUAAUGUGGCUGCCUCUAAUGCCAAACUGGCUUUGUUUUAUGACUGGCUUUUCUUCAGCCCAGAGAAGGACAGCAUCAUGAAUAUUGAGCCAGCCAUCCUUGUUAUGCAUCACUCUAUGAAGCCUCAUCCAGCCAUUACUGCCACACUUCUAGACUUCAUGUGCCGGAUAAUACCAAACUUUUAUCCUCACCUAGAGGCUCAUGUCCGACAGGGAGUAUUCAGCUCUUUAACCCACAUCAUGGAGAAACGAGUACUGGCACACCUGGCUCCUUUGUUUCAUAACCCCAAGCUGGACAAAGAGCUGCGCUCGAUGCUUAGAGAAAAAUUUCCAGAGUUUUGCAGCAUUCCUUCUCCUGCCUCAGAAAUCAAAACAGAGGAGCCGGUAACUAUGGAGAUGGAGAACAACAUGGUGGAUAAGGAAGAUGGCUGCUAUGACAAUGCAGAAGCUGCAUUUAGUGACGACGAUGAGGAAAUGAACAACAAAGCAGGCAAGAAGAGAGAAUUCCGGUUUCACCCAAUCAAAGAGCCGAUUAUUGAUGAGCCAGUGGACAUUACGCCUUACCUGGACCAGCUUGACGAUCCUCUGAAGGAUAAAGUCGUCUUACUACAAAAGGAGAGUGACAUGGAGGCGCAGUGUGAGGUCAUGCAGGAUAUAGUGGAGCAGAUCCUGGAGGAUGAUUUUGACUCAGAGCAGUUAUCGGUCCUGGCAUCAUGUCUGCAAGAAUUAUUUAAAGGCCACUUUCGAGGCGAGGUUCUGCCAGAGGAAAUUACAGAAGAGUCACUUGAGGAGUCUGUUGGAAAACCACUCUACCUGAUAUUUCGAAAUCUAAUCCAGAUGCAGGAAGAUAAUAGUGGAUUCUCAUUACUUCUGGACCUGCUGUCUGAGCUUUACCAGAAGCAGCCAAAGAUUGGAUACCACCUGCUGUACUACUUGAAGGCCAGUAAGGCAGCAUCUGGCAAGAUGAAUCUGUAUGAAUCAUUUGCUCAAGCUACGCAGCUAGGAGACCUUCACACCUGUCUAAUGAUGGACAUGAAAGCCUGCCAAGAGGAUGAUGUUCGACUUUUGUGCUACCUAACACCUUCUAUAUACAGUGAGUUUCCAGAUGAAACUCUUCGUAGUGGAGAGCUUCUGAAUAUGAUUGUGGCUGUCAUAGACUCUGCACAGUUGCAGGAGCUUGUCUGCCACGUUAUGAUGGGGAACCUGGUGAUGUUCAGGAAGGAUUCUGUGCUAAAUAUUCUUAUUCAGAGCCUGGAGUGGGAAACCUUUGAGCAGUACUGUACCUGGCAGCUGUUCCUGGCUCAUAACAUCCCACUGGAGACCAUCAUUCCAAUCCUACAGCACCUCAAGUAUAAAGAGCACCCAGAGGCGCUAUCAUGUCUCCUUUUGCAACUUCGUAGAGAGAAGCCCACUGAGGAGAUGGUGAAAAUGGUUCUCAGCCGACCCUGUCACCCUGAUGACCAGUUUACUACAAGUAUCUUGCGCCAUUGGUGCCUAAAGCAUGAUGACAACUUAUCAGAAAAUAUCAAGUCUCUUCUCAUCAAGAACAACAGUUUACCACGGAAACGUCAGAGGAAAGGUCAGAAAGCCUUGGUUACAACUUUUGAUUCCAAGUAG